AUGCUGUGCGCCAUCUCCGGCGAGGUGCCCGAGGUGCCGGUCGUCUCGAAAAAGACCGGCACCGUCUACGAGAAGCGCCUGAUUGAAAAGUACAUUGAAGAACAUGGAACCGAACCAGGCACGGAGACGGAGCUCGAUGUCGAGGAUCUGCUACCCCUCAAGGCCGGCCGCACUGUGCGUCCGCGACCACCCACCCUGACAUCCAUCCCGGCACUGCUUGCGACGUUCCAAAACGAGUGGGACGCCCUAGCCCUCGAGACAUACACGUUGCAGGAGCAGCUCUCCCAAACACGCACGGAGCUGGCAACGGCCCUGUAUCAGCACGAUGCGGCAAUUCGCGUGAUCGCGCGCCUAACCAAAGAGCGCGACGACGCGCGAGACUCCUUGUCACGCGUGACUGUUGCUGCUGCCAGCGCGACUGAUGGCGACGACGACUCGAUGGCAGUCGACAACGAGGAGCUGCCCGAGGUACUGGCCGCGGCCGUGGAUGAAACGCACAAGACGCUGUCCAAGUCACGGAAGAAGAGAGGCAUACCGGCGGACUGGGCGUCCAACGAGGACAUUGCUGCCUUUGCCCCGAUUGCGUCCGAGGACUUGCCCGUGGUCCGCGCCACGGCCUUGACAAUCGAGGCCACCGACAGCGAAUAUGCUGCGAUUGCCGGGCUGGAGGGCAGUGUGGGCAUCUUUGCUGUGGUAUCACAGAAGCUCGAGCGUAUGAUUGAGGUUGGCGAGCCAUUGACGACGGCCUUGUGGAUAGGCAGCACGCGCAUCGUCCUGGGCACGGCAAAGGGCGCUAUCAAGAUCUACGAGGCAGGUUCCGAGAAAGCUUCACUUAAAGCACAUGCCGGCGCCGUCACUGGCUUGGCCGUCCACCCAUCGGGACGCAUUCUGGCAUCUGUUGGUGUCGAUAAGACCAUUUCCCUCUACGAUCUGGAUACCGCCACCCGCGUCAGCCGCGCCCACAGCACCGCGUCGCUGACUGCCUGUGCUUUUCAACCCGAUGGUCACCUGCUGGCUGCCGGCACGUCUACCACGGGUGAGGUGCAGGUCUACAUGACCAAGACGGGCGAGCUGGCCACAUCAUUUGUGCUGGGGGCACCUGUGCAGGCGCUGGCGUUCUCGGAGAACGGCUACUGGAUUGCUGCCACCGCUAAGGGCCAGACCACUGUCACUAUUUUUGAUUUGAGAAAGGAGGGCGACGCUGUCACGGCCAAGGUGCUGGACAUUGGUAGCCCCGUCGCCGCGCUGGCCUGGGACUACUCGGGUCAGUUCUUGGCCACGGCCGGCCCGGCGGGGCUCACGGUGCAGCACUACGCCAAGGGCUCCAAGAAGUGGUCGCAGACGCUGUCGAGUGCGACGCCUUCUGUAGCCGUACAGUGGGGCGCGCACGCAAAGCAGCUGCUGUCGGUGAAUGCAGACGGCGUUGUGUCUGUGGUAGGGAAGAAGGAGUAG